UCGUUAUGUUCAGGACGUCGCUCACUGAAUCAAGAUGGCAUCCGAGACUGGUACAAGUAUCGUGUCAAACGAACGGUGUGAUGUAAAUAAUACGAUUCAGCAGAUAUUCGAACCAUUGCAAACGGAAACAACCAAUGUAAAAGUAUCGAGAACAACGUGGAAUAGUGUUAUUAAAGAGACAAACAAAUUUUCGGACAAUUUCGCUUUACAUUCAAUUAGGACGCCCACGAUUUUCUCUACAGCGUCAUCAUUUAAUACAAACACGGAAGAGGACGAAUUACGAAGGAACGUGAAUUUCAUGAGCUCUUCUGGUGAUGUGGAGGAACGUAUUAGUUUUAAAAUUGCCGUCAAUACUGAAUUACAUACAUCAUCCUUGGAAUCGUGCAGCAUGUCCAACCAAAGGAAUGAUCUGGAUACUGCCUGUAUUUCUGAACAACCAGACGGGAAUCCAGAUCAUUGCAAUAAUGAAUUAGUGAAAACUUUAAUUGAACCAGUUCAGCAUGCUAUUCAUGUUGAUUUAGCAUGUAAUAAAGAUACAACAGUAUCUAGUGGGAUACACACAUUGUCAACAAAAUUAGAAGGAUGUGUAAAUUUUGAACAUGGUAACACACCUCAGUUAGGAGAAAGUCCUCAAAGUAAUGGUGAAGUAAUUAGUAGUCCAAGAAGUCCAGAUUAUCCUCCAAGAGUUUCUGAUGGACCAAAUAGUCCAAAUAUAACACUUCCUAGUAGUAUGACAUCGCCAAUUAUGACCUCGACUAUUAUGAUGGAUACAGCAAAAUAUGAUGCAGAAAAUAUAAAUAAUUUAACUACUAAAGUUUGUAAAAAUCUUUCUUACUCAUUUUGUGGACAAUUGGAGAAAAUUGAAGAAGUUCCUGUUAUGCAUUCAAUUAAAGAGGAAAAAGAUAAUAAAAUGGACACAAUUCACAGGGAUGUAAAAUCAGAACUUGUCGAAGUAAAGACAGAUGUAACAGAUACUCAAGAACAAUUAAACAUAAUUAAAUCAGAUUGGGUCAGUGAUAGUACUACGACAAUAGUUGGAAGAACAGAUGCUGUAUUAUCUCAAGAUAAAUCAAUAAAUUGUAUUAGUACUACAACUUCGAGUUCCCAUUCUAAAUCAUACUCAUCUUCAAGAGAAAAACGAAGUAAAGAACAUAAUGAAAGACGUUAUUGCUCACGAUGUUAUAAACGGAGUAAAAUAAAACGAGCAAGUAUUGGUGUACAAUGUAAACGAGAUCGUAGUAUAGUUCCAUUAAACAGUAAGCCAAUGUCUCAUCCAUUUCCAAAAUCAACAAAUGAAAAUCUCAGGUUAAAUUUACAAACAAAGAAUUAUAAAAUGCUUCACAAUACACCAGUUAAAAGUGAAUUAUUAGAUGGCCUAAAGUACAAGAAAUUCAUUCACAUAGAGACUUAUCCUAAUGGUGGUGCAACUGUUGUACAUAUGUAUCAAGAUGAAAUUGAUACAUUAUCUUAUGAACAAGUAGAGGAAUUAGCUCAAGAAUAUUUCAAAGUAGUUUUUGGAGAAGAUGAAAAUGGUAAUGCGUAUCAUGUUAUGGGAAUAGUACAUAAUGCUGCUGCAUAUCUUCCUGAUCUUUUGGAUUACAUGGCAGAUAAUUAUCCUACAUUGACUGUUAAAAAUGGUGUAUUAGGAAGAAGCAGUGAUAUAGAAACUACAACUAUGGUACAGUACAAAGAACAAGUGUGUAAAGCUUAUAGUAAUGGUACUGUUAGAUACGGCCCUCUCCACCAAAUAAGUCUUGUAGGGACUGUUCAUGAAGAAGUUGGUGGAUAUUUCCCAGAUCUUUUACAGAAAUUAGAAGAAAACCCAUUUUUAAAAUUAACUAUGCCUUGGGGUCCAUUAUCUGUUGUAAAGAUGGAUACUCCUCAAGAAUCAAACGAUGGUCCAAUUUUAUGGAUUAGACCAGGUGAACAAUUGGUUCCAACAGCCGAUAUAAAUAAAAGUCCUUAUAAGCGGCGCAGAACGGGCAUUAACGAGUUACGGAAUCUACAGUAUUUGCCACGUCUUAGUGAAGCUCGUGAAUAUAUGUUUGAAGACCGUACUAAGGCUCACGCCGAUCAUGUUGGUCAUGGAUUAGAUAGGAUGACAACAGCAGCAGUUGGUAUAUUAAAAGCGGUUCACGGUGGACAGGCAUCGGAGUAUAACAGAAUUACGAAAGAUGUUGUAGCUUUUUAUGCUGGCGAUUUUCCUGAACUAGUCGAAAAAUUACAAUUAGAUCUUCACGAACCACCAAUUUCACAAUGUGUACAAUGGGUUGAAGACGCCAAAUUAAAUCAGUUACGUAGACAGGGUAUUCGUUAUGCUAGAAUAAAUUUAUAUGAUAAUGAUAUUUACUUUUUACCGCGUAAUAUAAUUCAUCAAUUUAGAACGGUUUCCGCAGUUUCAAGUAUUGCAUGGCAUGUCAGAUUAAAACAGUAUUAUCAAGAAUCGCAGCACAAUACAAGUGUUAGGCAUGGACGGGUUGGAAAUGAGCGUAUAAAAGAAAAGAAACCAUUGGAAACUGUGAAUAUAGGAGAUGAACAGAAAGAAAAUACAAAUCGUCAACGUAUAGAACAAAAACAUUCUGUUGAUUCGCUUGAAGAGAAAAAAGCAAAAGAAAGAGCUGCUGAAUAUCAAGGAAAUUUAAAGAAGUCAGAUCAUCAUGGAAAACGUAAAGAGGAUCGUAAGAACAGAGAUCAUUCAAGACAUUCUUCCAUUUCAAGUAAAAGAAAAGAUUCUAUAGAAAAUAAUGAUAACUGUUCAGAUCUUUUUAAUAAUAAAUCUACAAAAACUAAUAUAAUAGAACAAAAACAAAAUAUUGAAAAGAGAGACGAUAAGAGAUCUGAAAGGAGACACGAAGAACAUUGUCGAUCAAAUGAAAAAUCCAGUCAUCAUUCACACAGUAGUAGUAGCAGCAGUAGCAGCAGCAGCAGUUGUAGUAGUAGUAAUAGUAGUCAUAAAUUAGAUCAUAAUCGAAGUCAUCAUAGUCGAUCCAGCACCACAUUGAGAAAAGAAAAAAUUUCAAAUGUCACAGAAUCUAAAUCGACAAGUAAAUUCAAUCCCUCGGGAUCUUCAUCGAAAGAAAAAAGACGAUUGUGUCCGUCAGAAGUUUGUUUAGAACAUGAAAAUUCUGAUUGUAAUGCUGUUAUUCUUGAACAAAAUGUAUUAACACAAAGACAGUUGGUAGCGAAAACUUAUGCAACAGAAGUUGUUGACAAAGCUUUAGAAAUUGCAAUAUACAAAUCAAAGACUGACGUAGAAGAAGUCUGUCAAUCUUUACGAACCGGCGUUGCAGAAGCUUCUAAAGAAAUUCUACAAAAAAUUCAUUCAGAAAGUAUUGAAAUUGCUGAAUUGAAGUACAAAGAUGAUAAAAUAAAACUAGACCGAUAUUGUCAAUUAUUGGAAAUAGAAACUACAUUGGCAUUCACAUCGAAGAUGGAAUGUGCAACUGAAAAUGCAGUGAAAGCAUUAAUUGAAAUGGCUGAGGAUGAAGCAAAAGAAAGAUCAAAAAGUGAAAAAGUUUGUAUGUUGACCAGCGAUAACACAUGUGAACGAAAUUUACUACCAACGUCAAAAAUUACCUCUUCUUCUAUAGUCUCUACGUCUCCUUUAACAGAAACCGAGAGACACAAUAGUAGAAACGGUAGCGGUGAUGAAAAUUCAUCUAAACUAACAUCCGAUGUACAUACAGUAUAUACAGAACCACCUAGACGGAAGCAUAGAGAUGAUAAAAGUUCCAGAAAUCAGCGACAUAAAGACAGAAGAGAUCGAGACAGGCGUGAUAGAGAACACAAGAGACAUCAUCAUCGAAGUCCUUCGUAUAAUAAAUCUGAGAAUAAAACAGGAGAAACUAAUAACAAAGAAGAUUCAUUGAAGAUUAUCUCACUGCCCAAAGAUUGUAACAUUUCUAAUAAAAGUACCGAUAAAGAUGGUGAUAAGAAAUUGGAAAAAAGAAAAGAUGGACAUCACAGUCAUGGAAAAGAUGGACAAAGAAAGUCAUCUAGCAAUCGUUCAUCGAAAGAUGACACAGCGUCAAGUCGUUCUCAUUCAUCAAGUUCAAAUCAUAAAAGAAAGUCGAGUUCAUCCGAAGAGCAUAAAGAGUCAAAAAAGACGUGUUUCGACAAGGAUAUAGUCACAACAACAGCAGCAACAGCAACAACAACAACAACAACAACAACAGAAGAAAAUACUCUCGAUACAACAUUAACUCUAAUAACAGUAACAACAGUGGCUCAGUCAACAACAACAAAUACUGUUGUAUCUACGUGAAAAG